AUUUUUUAUUUUAUAUUAGUAAAACUUUUUUAAAAUAAAAUUUAAGUUAUUUUGUUAAAAUUACAAUGUCAAAAUUUGAACAAACUGUAAUGUAUUCUCAAUUACAGCCAUGGAGUACGGCUGGAGCACCACCAUGUAUGGAACCUAUUUCUGGACCAUCAGUUCCACCUCGUGUAGGAACAUCUUACCAGACAUCACAUCCGCAUCCAUGGAGACCUACGCUUAGUUACGAAAUGAUUGAGGUCAAAAAUCUUGCUGAACAACCUGUAACAAACCAGUUGGUAAAACCACGUUUUGCUCCAGCUGGAAUGACAACCGAACCAAUGACAUUUCCUAAUUUGGUCACUGGUUUUCAUCGUAAUCCCCAACAUGCUGCAAGAGCAGCAUUAUACACACGCUAUACUUCCGGUGAAUGGGUGAAUAACAACUUAUCGAAAUAUACUGAAUCCAACAUUAAUAGAAAUCAAUCGGAGCGUUUACGUAAUGAUGCUGUACGUUUGAUGCGUGAAACUGAUGAAAAAACUGCCCAGGGACAACGAGAUGCCGGACGUCGUUUGGGUGAACGUAUUACAGACGUUACAUUUUGGCGCAAUGAAUUAAACACAGAGCUGGAGAAAUUAGUUUCCGAAUCAUCGGCAUUUACCGAAUUAAAACGAAAAUGUGGCAAAGCUAUGCUAGAUUUGGAAGCGCCGCUGCAUAUUGCACAAGAAUGUUUAUAUCAUAGAGAAGGUCGGGCAGGAGUUGAAAAAGUCCAUGAUUGUGUGGAGAAGGCUUUGCUCCUAGAAAUUGAUAAUUUGAGAAAUUCUCGUGAAAAGCUUAAAGAAUUACACGAUAAGAUUACUAAACAAGCCCAUGAUUGUCGGGCAGCACAGCACUUACUGGAAGAGGAUGUAUCGUUCAAGGAGUCAACAUUGGGAAUCGAUUCAGUAUGCCAUCAAUUGAAUAAUUACAGCAGAGGUAUUGCUUAUUAUGGUGGCAUCGAGAAAUAUGAUCCAUCCGUUAGUACUCAAGAGACGUGGGCGGAGGCAAGUAGUCAACGAGUAAGCAGAUCUCAAGCUGAGCGGUCCAAACUUUCUCAGUUGCGCAGUGAUGCUGAGACUACCGUAAAUGCAAUUGCCACCUCAAUGUGGGAUCAUUGGAGCAACACGAAUAACUCAUUCGAUCGUAGAUCUCAAGAAAUGGCAGAAUCGAAAAAUAAAAUACAAUUACAUCUACAUAAAACACAGCAGGAGUUGUUCGAUUUAGAAAAGCACAUAUUUUUGUUGCAAAAAGCCGUACAAGAUAAAUCGAAUCCUCUUAAAGUGGCACAAACUCGUUUAGAGGCACGUAGCCAUCGAGAAGGUGUAGAGUUGUGCAAGGAUUAUGCUCAAUUGCGCUUGGUACAAGAAGUGGAUGAUUUGAAAAAUGUGGUGAACAAUCUACACCAUAAGCUCCAAGAAGCAGAGGCACAACAUCAGAGCUUGUUGAAAACUCGUUCUACUUUAGAGGCAGAUUUGCGCAACAAAGUAAACGCUCUAUUUAUUGAUCGUGAGAAAUGUAUGGGUUUAAGACGUUCUUUUCCAGUUAAUAACAUGAUUAAAUACUAAAUAAAUCUAAAUUUUCAUACAUACAUAUUUGUGUAAUGUUAGAAUGCGUUUAAUAUGUAAAAUGCUUUUAAAUUUAUUAAAUUCAAUGUCUAUUGAA